UCUCAAAUGAUGCAAAAUAUCCAGUACGCUUGUCGUAGCAAAUGCGACUGCUGUAGUAUGAAACUAGAAAAUCUAUGGUGGCUGAAAGGUGGUAAUCCAAGGCGUAAAUUAGUUAGAGGGAUGCUUCUUCUUCAGAUGCAAUCCCCGUCAGUGCUUCAUCUUGGAAUUUCAGUUGUCCUGAUUUGGAUCAUCUAUGAGAACCGAUCUGUCCCAUUCGCUGAAGUUGCUGAACAUGACAACAUUGCAGCUCAGCGUGUGAAAAGAGACUGCUCCAGUGAAUGGUUAACCCUCGCUACUGAGUUUGAGAGGAAUUACUGUGCAACGUCUGUUUUACUUUGGGACCCCUAUUAUGAGAAACCAAUUUAAGAACUGUUCAAAGUGACUUUUAUGAAUACAAUAACAACAACCAAAGUCACCCGUGUGAAGAACAGAUCGACUAUGCUGACAUGAAUAUUUUACAUAUAAUAUAGUUUUUGAAUAAUAUAACUGACGGCAUGUCGAACUUCACAAGUCUUAUUCAAUAGACUUAGUUUAUAUAAAAUAGAGAACUUCGUAAUUUGAUGUGAAAACUUUCGUGAACAGAAUCCAAUUUAAUGGCGUUACAGUAAAAACAAAUUUUGAAGCUGUUGAAACAUGUUAGAAAUUUGGUAAAACAGAAUCAUAAAGAUAAAGUUUCAUUAGAUGAGUGAGUAUUGAAAGUUAAAUAUAUUGUUAAUAAAUGG